ACGAGAAGUUCCAUGACGCGCUAGACCUCAGUCCCCUUCUCCCCACCCUGGAAUUAUCUUCGCAUACCACCGAUAUAAUUGGAAGCCCGAACCUCAUUUUGAAGAACAUAUCCUCGGACGAUGUCUUCUCUUCUGCAUCCCGUUCACCUGAUCGACGUCCGCUUCAAAUGCGUGAUGUUUCCUCGUCUCCGGUAUCUCGCCCUUCAUGGUCCCUUCGCGCAGCAGGGUCACCUUCCCUGACUGUUGCUCCCCAGCUGCAACCACCUUCCGAGGACUCGUCAGCACUCGUGUUUUCUCGCAACCGUGCAUACCGCGCAGUCCCAGAAUUUGAUUUAGCUUUAGCUAUGCAGCUUCGGCCUGGACUCGGCAUCGGUGCUGAUCCAGCGUGGAUGGUUCGAUUUUUGAUGGCUAUGUUUGGCUGGUUCACAGUUCUCUUGACUGGAAGCCGCUAAUUAAACUCACUUCACGCAAUGUUACUCAACUCCACGGAUUCUGGCAUUCCCCAAGUCAACUCAAGUCGCGCCCCGCGCCUCAGUUCACAUGUUUGCUUUUACAUUCCAUUCUAGAAAUCUUAUGUCCGCAUCAUUAGCAGUUAUGGAGUUCAUUUAUACGCAAUGGGACCGUCGCUCGUUCAUAUUUUCAUAUUUCCCCCGCAUCGCAUUUAUUUGCAUUACCGUCACCAUCAUGCAAGUUGCACUUAUAUUUCAAGUACUAGUACCCAC